UCUCUUCUCUCCCUCUCUCCCCUCCCCGACGCCCACCAGAUCCGCACCCACCGCCGCCCCCGCCGCUCCUCGCUCUGCCGCCUCCUCUCUUCGCCGGCCGUCUCCGCGGCCUGCCUCCUCUUCGGCCUCGCCGGGUUCCUCGCCGCGGCGGUCUCCCUCUCCCGGGCGCCCGCCGAGGCCCCGCGGGGCCGCUGCCCGGACUCCUCGCACCCGCUCUCCGUCUCCGUCACCUGGGACCGGCGCCCCGGGGAUGCCGCGGGCGGCGCCACCGACCUCCCGGCGGGCCUCGCCACCGGAUCGCGCGGCAGGCACAAGGUCAUGGCCUUCGUCGGGAUCUUCACCGGGUUUGGCUCUGUCGACCGCCGCCGCGCGCUCAGGCGGACGUGGCUCCCCUCCGAUCGGCAGGGUCUCCUUUUGAAUUGCUGCACUCUUCUCACUACUACUGAUAAAUAG